AUGUACACCCCUAAUAAAAAUAAAAACAGCGAUAUUGGAGAUUUCUACGAAUUAUUGGGCGUUUCUAGAAAUGCAAGUGAACAGGAAAUUAAAGAUGCCUACAGAAAAUUGGCUUUGAAGUAUCAUCCAGCCCAAGAACACUUCAAAAUGAUAAGCAUUGCUUAUUCUGUACUUUCUGACCCAAACAAACGAAGACAAUACAACGUUUCUGGUCCGUCUACAGCAAUGGCUAAUUUUGAGGGUAUUGACAUUUCUGAACUUGGUGGAUUCGGUCGGUUCUUUGGAGCUAUGGUGAGCUUUUAG